UCUUGCUUUCCCACCGCUGAUAAUAUACUGUCUUGAUAAAUCACUUGCAUUUCUCUCUCUUUCUAAGAUGGAGAAUGGACAGUUCAGCCAUGAGUCCCAUGGCCAUGCGUUGACUUUUUAUGAGGAGAGUGAGGAGAAGCUCAAGACGAUUGCCAAGCUAUCCGGGGAGGAGAUUGGAUCUCCCUUAUGCUAUGGUUGCUUUGAAACCAUUCAUGGUCCAGCCUAUUUUUGUGAAAUUUGUGGUGACUUUUGGCUGCACAAAUCAUGCUUUGAAUUGCCCUCUGAGCUACCAAAGCAUUCUCUUCACUCAAUUCAUCCUCUCACCCUCAUUGUUAGACCUCCUAGCCUUGCUGGGUUCUUUGUCUGCGAUGGAUGUAGAGAUAUGUGCCCUGGCUUUGCCUUCCACUGCAAAGCAUGCCGGUUCAAUCUUGAUGUCAAAUGUGCGAUUUCAACUGACGGCGAGGAUCUGAGAUCAAGAAAAGGUGUGAAAAAUACCGAGAUUCCCUACUUCGGUGAUGAGCACCUGCUAGUUUCCUUCAAUGCCAAGCAGGAAGUUGAAAAAACUUGUACUGGAUGCCAACUGCUCCUUUCAGGUCCUGCCUACGGUUGCUUGGACUGUGAAUUCUACCUCCAUGAAUCGUGUAAAGACAUGCCAUCGGAAAUACAACAUCCAUACCACCCUCUGCACCCUCUCCACGCUCAAGUUGCUGAAUAUGGCUCAGAAUGUGAUGCCUGUCACACGCCAAUUAGGAAGGUUUUUUAUCGAUGUUCUGAGUGCGACUUCAAUCUGCAUAUUCUAUGUGCUAACAAGUCUCUACAGGUAGCAUCUUCCUUAAAAUUCAAGGGCCAUGAGCACGAUCUCUAUUAUUUUGUGGCGAGCUAUUUCAACGAGUAUUCUCUAUGCAACACUUGCCGUAAGGUUUGCAAGGGCUCCUACUAUAUCUGUUUAGAGUGCAAAUAUUAUGUUCAUCUGGACUGCAUUCCUUUACCGCGAGUUGUUGAGAAUGAUCACCACUCCCGCGACUAUUCCCAUUGCCUCACCCUUAAGGAUUGCUUUGUUGAAGACGACUCGGGCCAGUAUUACUGUGAGCUUUGUGAGAAAGAAAGGGAUCCAACGUAUCCUGUUUACUACUGUGAUCAAUGCCCUGAUCGCAAUCCAUAUCUCGCUCAUAUUGAAUGCCUGAUGUUGGAGUUAAUGGAAGCAGAGCUCAACUCUGCGAGGACCUCUGCCAAGAUGGUUGAUGAUGGAGAUGUAAAGGGUGAUACGAAGUGCCUUGCUCUCGUCAAGUACACAACUAUCCCACCUGAGAAUCAAAUCAAGCUUAAAGGUUUCAGGCAUGAACAUAUCCUGGUCCCUGACAAUAAGGAAUCAGAUGCAAGGGGAACUUACUGUUCUUGGUGCAAUGGCAAAAUUUUUGGUCCAGGCUAUUUCUGUCGAGAAUGUUCGGGAAACUGGCAUAUAUCAUGCGCUAAAUCGCCCCCUAAAAAGACACACUAUCUUCACUCACAGCACACCCUAACUAUGUUUUAUCCUCAUUAUUUUGAGUACUUUAUAUGCGAUGGCUGUAGGGAUCUUUGCCAUGAUGUUGCCACUUAUCAUUGCUAUAAAUGCCGCUUCUUCCUUGAUAUGAAAUGUGCUUCUCUACCUGAUGAUCAGUGCGAGAAAUUGAAGAAGACAGAAAGCAAAACUAUAGAUUUUUGCCACAAGCAUAAAUUAACAAGAGCCAACUGUGCAAAAGGAAUUAAAGAGAAAUGCAAGGUCUGUCAGCUGCGUAUCUCCGGUGAAACAUAUUGCUGCAUUAACUGCAACUUCUUCCUUCAUGAAUCCUGCCUUGAAACACCACAAGAAAUACAACACCAGUAUCACCUGCAGCACCCCCUUCUUGGUCGGGACUUUGAUGGAAAUCCAAAAAACUGCAGAGCCUGCAAUCUGCAAAUUUGGGAUAUUGCCUAUUACUGUGAUAUCUGCGAUUUUGCUCUCCAUUUUACAUGUGCUACUUACUUAACUUCCACUCUCAAACAUGAGUUCCACCAUGAGCACACACUCUUUUCCUUCGUAGCAUCGGAUCUAGGGGAUCAGGGCUUUAUCCAGUCGCUAGAACCACAACCUUCAAAAGGCAAUUUUCGUUGCGAGACCUGUGGAAAUGAUUGCAGUGAUUCCAUCUAUCGUUGUGUUGAAUGCAACAUUAAUCGACAUCUUGAGUGCAUUCCAUUGCCAUUUAAAGUUCAGCAUGAAGACCAUUCGGAUCCUCUUACUCUCAUGGAAAAUGUAGUCGAAGAUGAUUAUGGAGAAUAUUACUGUGAGAUUUGCCAGGAUAAAAGGAACCCAAAUCAUCCUGUUUAUUGCUGCAAGAUGUGUAAGGAUAACUGGUUCAUUGCUCAUAUUGGAUGCGUGAUUAAAGAGGGAGACACUUCAUUAGAAAUACUGGAAUGGUGGAAUAAAGAUUUGGGACCAGACUAUGAGGAGACCUCUGGCAAGGAGGAUGAUGGGACUUCCCUUGCCAGUCAUUCUGAUCUAGAGAGUUAUGCAAUGGGAGAGCAUAAUACGGAAGGCCCUGGAAUUACUGAGCUUGAUUAAAACAUCGAGGGUAAUGCAAAGGCAGUAAGGCAAUGAGAGAAACGUGCCUGCAGGGAUCCUUGCGAUGUUUUCUUGCCUGCAAUAGACCAGUGAUUGGUAUGUUGAAACAUCUUCAGCUAGCUUGUAACGCUCGGUAUAUUGGUGAAUGCACAUAAAACAAUCUGUACAUUGCAAAUUACUAAGAACAUUGUUACAAAAUUUAUCUUAUCGAAAGUGGCGAAGGAGCAUUUGUUCUAA